AUGGCUUUGGCACCCUUAGCUUUGAAAAAUCUGCAACAAAAAUCAAAUCCAAGUGUGAGGCAUCUGAGUUAUAAUGUACAGAAACAGAGAUGGUGCUCUGAACUUGUACGGCGUUUUUCUACAGAGUUUGAGAAACAACAAGUAGCUGAUGUAGCUGGCAAUGAAAAAUCAGAGAAUCAACAAGUAACUGUUUCCGAUAGUGGCAAAAAAUCAAAGCUAUUUCCAAGAAGACGCCGCCGGGGUAAUCUCCCCCCCCCCCCACCCCCACCAUUUUUAACAGAAACUUUACCAACAAGACUUCUUGGAAAUGCAUUAUUGCAAGCCACACAGAAUAUCAACAAGAUAUUUGAUAACCUUAACUUGAAUCCCUCACAAUUACUGAAAAGGUAUAAGGAGGAUGAUAAGAAUUACAAAAUCCGUUACGACGUGCCAGGGCUAGGCAAGGAGGACGUGAAAAUUAUGGUUGAGAAGGAAGAAGAAGGAUCAGAUGAUGAGUUUUGGUCAUCAAGAAGUUAUGGAUACUAUAAUAAUAGCAUUGUGUUGCCUGAAGAUGCUAAGGUUGAUGAAAUUAAGGCUGAGAUUAAUAAGGGUUUUUGA